AUGCAUAGCUGCAUUGUAUAUGUGACUUUAGAUAAAGAAGUGACUUGGUUAAAUAAAGUUUGCCAAUCAAUCGUCGAUACUUUCACAAUAUUGGAAGAAAUAAUCGCUUGUUUUUUGUCAUUAUUUUCUGCCUUAACUUUGGAUGCUCCACGAGUUUCUCGGCGACAAACGAACGACACUACAAGUUCUACAAGGGAAGAUAUGAUUCACAGAGAAUACGUCUCGUUUGAUGAAGAUAAUCUACCAUCAGAAACAGAGUAUGUACAAAUAGGGUAUGAACUGCGAAGCAAGCCUAGUUAUAUCCAGUCAUUACUCAGAAGUUUGAAGGCGAAUUUUACCAUAACCUUAGAUGUACUGCCUUUGGCACUUAUAGGAAUAGCUUAUAUAUUUUGA